AUGGAUAUUUUUCUAGAAAUUGCUGAUGAAUACUUUUUCGAUAAUGCAUACGCGUCGAUUCUUCCGCUACCAACACUAAAAAGCACCACAACAAUCGGCAACACAAGCCAUGUUUCCUCCUCACUAUUGCUACCCGCCAUCAGUUCAACUUUACCCCGCGACAACAUAUACCGGCAACUAGUCUCCCUCUUCCUCAUGACACUCGUGUUUGCAUACUUUUUUUACUUUUUCUUUGCGACACUUUCCUACGCUUUCGUAUUUGAUCAUGAUCUGAUGCAACACCCGAAAUAUAUAAGCAAUCAAAUAAGCAAAGAGAUUCGUCUGUCGGCGAUGGGUUUUCCGCUGACUACACUUGUUACCGUGCCUUGGUUUCUGGGCGAAGUCAAGGGUUACUCGAGGCUCUAUGAGAAUAUCGAAGAUCAUGGUUGGUUUUACGCAGUGUUUUCUAUAGGGUUUUUCUUGUUUUUUACGGAUGCUUGUGUUUAUUGGAUUCAUCGGUGGCUUCAUACUCCGUUAAUAUAUAAAAGAUUGCAUAAGCCACAUCAUCGUUGGAUUAUUCCGACUCCAUUUUCCUCUCAUGCUUUCCAUCCUUUUGAUGGUUACGUACAAUCUGUCCCAUAUCACUUUUUCGUCUAUCUCUUUCCCUUGCAUAAAUAUAUUUACAUCGGACUAUUUGUAUUCGUAAAUAUGUGGACAAUAAUGAUUCACGAUGGUGCAUAUUUUGCAUCCGGAACAUUUAUCAACGGCGCUGCACACCACUCGCUUCAUCAUCUAUACUUCAACUACAAUUACGGCCAGUAUUUCACAUUAUGGGACAAGAUCGGCGGGAGUUAUCGACUGCCCACCGAAGAACAGCUCGACGAAAAGAAAAGAAAAGAUGGUGAAGUGUGGGCGAAGCAGGCUAAAGAGGUGGACGAGUUUGAUGAUAAUGGCAAAUUGAAAAAGAAUUAA